AUGGAACUCAACCGAGAACAUUUUCGCGCUAUAAUUUAUUACAACUUUCAGAGACAAUUAUCACAACAAGAAUGCCUUGCUGAGUUACUGUCUGUUUUCGGCAACGAAGCGCCACAUCAGUCGAUAAUUUCCCGUUGGUAUGGAGAAUUCAAACAUGGACAGGUGAGUCUUAGCGACGAUCCCAGGGAAAACGUCGAUGCUGUGCGCAAACUCAUCAUUGAAGAUAGACAUAAGAUCUCAAAGACCUCAAUUCAAAAAAUUUUACAUGAAGAAUUAAGAGUAAGAAAAGUAGUUUCUCGUUGGAUACCCCACCUGUUGACUGAAGAACAGAAAGCAGUUAGGGUUAAUUGGUGUCAAAAAACGCUUGACCAAAAGCCAACAAAAGUCAUCCGUUCUCGAAGUGUUUCGAAAAAGAUGGUCGCGACAUUUGCGUCAAAAGCGGGUCAUACUGCAACAAUUCCUCUUAAUGAGCAAAUAACUGUUACUGCGGAUUGGUAUACCACCAUUUGUUUGCCAAAAGUCAUCACCGAGCUUCGCAAAAUCAACCCCAAAAGAAGAAUCAUCCUCCAGCAAGACAAUGCAAGCUCGCACACAGCCCAAAAAACAAGGCAGUAUUUAACGGAAGAAAACCUUCCCGAUCUAAGACCUAACGAUUCCUUUACUUUCCCGAAAAUUAAAAACAGACUGUGUGGUCAAAGGUUUCAGUCACCAGAAGAAGCAGUUGACGCAUUCAAAAAUGCCGUUUUAGAUCUGCCAAAUUGGUUCGAGCCCAUGCAGAUCAGCUCACACGAAUCAUCUGUAAACUACGACCGUGAGCUGGAUGCUAUUCUGGAAAGGUACGAAGAAGCGGCCAAGAACGAGGACCAUUAUCUGCUGUACACGCAGUUUCCAAAUGGAUCAUACCAAAUUGGAUGCGGUCUAAGCCCAGCGAGAUCAUUUACUCCUGCUGUAAUUGUGUGGAACUCAUCACGGUUGAAACUAUCUUUCAGUUCCUAUGAGUGGGAACAAUUAAUCACCCAGCUCAAUGUGGUAACGGUGAAGGAGACGGAGGAGCAGGAGGAGGAGAAGAACCUUCCUGACAAGUAUGAUCCUGUCGAAAUCGAGUGCGGUGACUAUUGCAGAAUUCGACGACUAAUCUAUGAUAGUACGAAAAUUCUCGAAAUAACCAAGCACAACAUUAGUUUCUACCUCUCAGAAAUGGACGUGAACGCUCUUUUAGAAGCAAAUAAUGAACUUUUAGUACCGUAUAUGUCUAUGCUAGAAACUGUUGAAUUUCCAAGCUAUUAUUAUAAUGCGCUUAAGAUUGUUCGAGCUAGUUUUAAUGAUCAAAAUUAUACGUUUUCAGAUGCUAUUCAAAAAUUGUAUACAUUUAAGCUCGUAGGCUGUACUUUACAACAUAUAGCGUUAGGACAACAUAUAUUUUUCUAUAGACAUAGGAUCGCUAAUGAUCUUGAACGAUUUUAA